AUGAAAAAAAAUAACAAUAAACUUUUAGAGUAUAAUGAACAAAAAGGAAGAGCAAAGGAUUAACUAAUCUAAAUUUUAUAGGAUUUUGAUAAAGAAUCGAAAUCUGAAUCUGAAUAAGAAAUCAUGAUAGAAAUCUUAAAUGAUUACGAUAAAGAAAAACUUGAAAAAAUCAUAAAAAAACUUGGAAUUUGGUCUUGUUCUAUAGAUGGUAAAUUAUGAUAUAUAUUCAAGAACAAUUUAUUGAUGAUUUGCUCUAAUAAUCUUAAAUAUCAUUUGAUAUUUUUGUCUAUAUGAUUUUGAUUUCAGAUGGUUAUUUCUGUCCUCUCUCUCCUAUAACUACUUCGAGUUUGAUUUCUUCUUUUCAUUGUGGAUUGUUGUAAAAUUAUUUUUGUUGCGUAACCCCAGAAAACUAUCAUAUAUAUUUCGAAGUAGCCUUAGAAAAAAAACCUAUUUAGAAAAAAAAUGAAGUAAAACAAAUAAUAGAAUAUUUAAGUUUUUAGGUUUUUAAACAAUACAUAGAAUUCACUUCAUAGCUUUAAGAUUUGAUAAAAGAUUUGAGAAUGUAUAAAUGAGACUCUUUAAUUAUCAUUCUAUUUAAAAGUUGAAUCCUUAUAGAUAGAAUUUUGGAUAAUUAACUUUUGAUUCUAGUAAUCUAAUGUUUUUAUUUAUUAUUAGUAACUUCGAUUAAAAAAAAAUAAAAAUAUUUUUGUAUAGAAAAAACAUUAUUUAAUUGGAAUGAAGUUGAAGAAUGGGGUGAAUGUUAAUUUAGAAUAGGAUUAAAAGAUUAAUAAUGUAUUAGAUGGAUAUCUACUGGGAUAUAGACUAAAUAAUUAAACGAAGAUUAAUUAAAAUAAUAUUAUUAUCAUUAAGAAUUCAAUAAAUGGGUUACAAAUGAAGAAGUUGAGUUUUAGAAAAAGUAUAAGUUGAUGUAAGAUUUAUCUAAAUAAAAUAAACAUAUAUUAAAUUAAUAUGCUGACUUUGAGUCAGGAGCCUUGAUAAUUGAUAUAAUGUAGAAAUUACCUGAUUUCAAAAUAUUAAUAACAUAAUAAGAAAGAUCAGUUAUAGCUUCAAAAUAAAAUUCUAUAAUUAUAGGAAGAAGUGGGACAGGAAAAACAACAUGUACAGUUUUAAGAUUGUUUGCAGUUUAGACAUUAUUUAAAAUUAGAUAGAAAUUAUUUAACUAAGAAAAUGAAAAGCUUCUGUUUAAUUAUUAAGAUAUAAAAAAUAAGGUUGGAUUACAUUGUAUUUUCACUACUUAGAAUCAUGUAUUAAUAGGAGAGGUAAGAAAGUAUUACAAAAAAUUAUUAUAACAUAUUUAAGAUUCUAUUAAAAGGAAUUAAGAGAAACAAUAAGAUAAAUAAUAAAAUAUUCCAUAAAGUUUAGAUCAAAGCUUGUAAAAAUAUAUUAAUUAAAUUAGCAUAUCAUAAUCAUUUUAAAUUUGUGAUGAAAUUAAUGAAAGUUCUAUAAGUAUGAUACUUUAAGAAGAAUCUUUUUUAUGUCCAAAUUUUGAUAAUGAAGAAUAAGAAAAUGAUGAAGAUGAUUAAUUAGAGGAUAUUGAUUAACUAGGUUCUUUGAAUUAAAUGACUGAUGAUAAAUUUCCAGCAUUUUUAAGUCUUAAAAAACUUAUUUUAUUAAUUGAUUCUUCAUUAGAUCAUCCAUAUUUUGAUUAAGAAAGAUUUAAAAAGAAUGGUUCUAAAUUAUAAAAAGCUGGAUGGAACACAGGUAAAACAAUAAAAAUUACUUAAAAAUUAAAGACAAAUAAAAAUAUUAAUGUGAUAGAAAUAGAUGAAAAUGCAAAAUUUGAAGAAUAAGAGUUUAAAAUGUUAAAUUAAUAAGAAAUUAAAGAAAAAUUAGAUGAAUCUAAGCUUCUUUUAAAAUAAUAGGAAUAGAAAACAUAAUAAAAUUAAAAAUAACAUUAAUAAGAAUCUAAUAUAUAAGUUACAGAAGUUGAUUACGAUUAUUUUUUAAAAAGAUUUUGGCCUACUUUAAAAAAGAAUAGUUAAAAAUAUGGUUGUGAUGAAAGAUCAUUCCCAACAUUAAUUUGGACAUAAAUAUUUUCUUAUAUAAAAGGAUCAUAAUUUUCAUAUUCUUAUCCUUAAAAAUAUUUACCUAAAUCUAUUUAUGCUGAGUUAAAUCCAUCAAAUCUACCUUAAGAGACAAUUAAUCAUAUUUAUGAAUGCUUUUUAGAAUAUGAAAAAUGGAAAUUCUCUUGUGGAAUAUUUGAUAUUAUGGAUUUAGUCAAUUAUAUAAUAUGUGAAUUAGAAAAAGGAGAAUAUAAAACUGUACCUAUUCAUUAUUUAUUUGUGGAUGAAAUUUAAGAUUUACCUCAUGCUAUGAUAACUUUAUUCACAAAAUUAAUUGAAUAAGGUUAUUAGUUUUGUGGAGAUACAGCAUAAAAUAUUGUUAAAGGAGUAGGAUUUAGAUUUUAGGAUCUUAAAAAUCUGUUUAAAAAUAUAGAAAAUCCAUAACUUACUUAAUUAGAAUAAUUUUAAUUAACUAUUAAUUUCAGAUCUCAUAAUAAUAUUCUAUAAUUAGCAAAUAGUAUAGUAAAUUUAAUUGAAUUAUUCUUUCCUAAGGCUAUUGAUAGAUUGAAUAAAGAAAUUUCAGAUUUAAAGGGGCCUAUGCCGAUGAUUAUUUAAAGUAAUAAUAUAGAUGAACUAUUUAAUUUUUUAACAGGAGAUAUAAAUCCAGAUAAAGGUUAAAAAGCUGUUCCUAUUGAAUUCGGUUGUAAUUAAGUUGUUUUAGUUAAAGACUCAGAAGCUAGAGAUAAUAUUCCAUCUGUUUUAGCUCAUGCAUUAAUUUUAACUAUUUAUGAAUCAAAAGGACUUGAAUUUGAGGAUGUUAUACUAUUUAAUUUUUUUACUGAUAAUACAAUUUUAUAAUCUUAAUGGGAUUUAUUUAAUUAAUUAUUAAUUGAUGAAAUAGAAGUAGACAGAGAUGAAUAUAAUUUUAAAUUAACAAGUAUUUAAUAUUAUUUAUUUAGGACAUGAUUAAUAAAAUACAAGUACAGAAGAUUAUUUAGAUAGUAAUGUAUCAUUUAGUACAUAAAAUGAAUAAGGUAAUGUACUUGUUAAAAAAUUAAGAUUAAAACCAAGCAUUAAGGCAUUAGAUCUAAAUAAUUAUAAUGCCUUAUGUAAUGAGUUAAAAUAUUUAUAUGUAGCUUCUACUAGAGCAAAAAAUAGAUUAAUUUUAUUUGAUUAGCAACCAGAAAAAAGAUGUAAAAUUUAAGAGCUCUGGAAAUAAUUAAAUUUAAUUUCUAUUUUAGAUGAUUCUUAUUUUUAAAAUGCAAAGGAGAUUAAUAAAAUUAUAACUCAAAAUACAAAAGAAGAAUGGUUUGCAACCGGUAUGAAAAUGUUUGCAAAUAAAUAUUAUGAUCAAGCCAUUAAAUGUUUUUAAAUGGCUGGAAAUUAAUAACUAUUGAUUAAAUCAUAAGCAUAUGCAUUUGCAGUUAAAGCAGAAAAAUAUUUAUUAUAAAGUUAAAACUAUGCUGAAUUAAGUGAAGAUACUCAUUUACCAAACAAUUUAAGAAGAUAAUAUAAAGAAAAACAUGAAAAUUCUAAAUUAUAAAUUUUAAAUAAUUUUAAUCAAGCAGGUUAAAAAUUUCUAGAAUGUAAUAAUAAAAAAAAUGCAGCAGCUUGCUUUUUCUCAGGACAAUAAUUUUAAUCUUCAUUAAUUUACUACUUACAAACCAAAUGUUGGGAAGAAGCAGCAGAAGUAAGUAUUAAAUUAAAAUAUUAUCAUAUUGCUGGAUUAUUAUGGUUAAAGUCAAAUAAAAUUGAUUAAAGUAUUGAAGCAUUUCAUUCAUUCAAAAAUAAUUUAAUAACAUUACAUUUACUUUAUUAAUUCAAGUAUUAAAUAAGUGAUGAUCUUUAAAAAUUAUGGGAAAUUUUAUUACCCUAAGUACUAUAAGAAUGUUGGCUACAUUAUAAUAAGAAUAAAUAAUAAAUUUUUAUAUAAAAAAAUAAUGAUUCCAGGAUUGAAAAUUAAAAUUAUACGAGCAAAAAAUUAGAUUUUUCGAUUUUGGAAAACCAUACUGAUUUUCAAAAUGAAUUUUUAUAAGAAUUGCUAAUUAUCGAUGAAUCAUCAUAAAAUUUAGAAACUUAAUAGGAAAUGUACGAAACGCUUUUUAAUUAUAUUAAUAAUUUUUUAGAUGAGAUAUUAUUAGUCCUUUCAAAGGUAUUUUUCAAUUAUCCAUUAUAAAUAAUGAAAGAAAGCAUGAUGAUGUAAGGCGAAGAAUUUCAUCAAAAUUAGAUAGCAUUUAUAUAAAAUGUUUUAGAAUAUUUUGAUAUUCAGGAUUUGUAACUUUUUAUGCUUGAUAUCACAAAUUCAAAUGAUAAGGAUAAUUAUUUUAUUUCUUGCCUUUAUUAUAUUUCGCCAUUGUAUUAACCAUGCUUUUCCUUAAAUUAUUUAUUCUAAAAUUAUUUAUUCUUAAAUAAUUCGAAAUUACAUAACGCUGAUUCAAGUAAAAUAUAAACUUUUCAUAAAACAACUUUAAAGAAAUCAGAGUAGAAAUUAUCUACUUUUAGCUUCUCCUAAAAUAGGCUAUUAAUGAGCUAUUCAUUAUGUUAAUUGGGAUUAUAUGAAAUAGUAAUAUAAUGUUAUGAGAAAAAAAUUAAUGAUUUACAAUCAAUAUAAUAAUAAUCAAUGACUUAAACCAAAACUAAAGUCUUUAUAUAUAAUUUGAAAAACAUUUUCCAACUUUUCUAACAACAUGAAAAUUUAUUAUCUAACAUUAAUUUUUAAUUUGAUUUCCUUUAGAGUCCUGAAAAUUAUAUCUAAGCCAUAUUAGGAUACUAUUAUUAUUAUAAAUAAGAUCUUAAAAAACUUAAACUAAUUUAAAUAGAUUAAACCUUCUAAUUUAUUAUUGAUAGAUUAUAAGUAUAUUAAAUUAAAAUUAAAAAUAAUAAAGAUACUGAUUUCUAAAAAUAUUUACAAUCAAUUAUAAGACAUAGCAAUGAUUAGAUUAAUAAAACUAUUAUUUUAUCCUUUAUUGCUUAUUAAGAUGAUAAAAUUAUGAGUUUCCUUAAUGAUUUAAAUUAUUUGGAUUAUUAAUAUUUUUUGAUUGAAAUCUAAAAAGUUGUAGAUUUAUUUAAAUAUAAUCGGUAAACAAACAUAUAGAAGGAAACAUUUUAGAGUAUAUGUGCAAUUUAUUAACUGUCAUUACCAAUAACAAAAGAUUUCUAAUUCUUAGGAUAAUCAUACAUAAUUGUCAAUAAAUCUUCUUUGAUAUUUUCAACUUUAGCCAAUAAUUAUAAGUAAUAAUAAUUUCAGGCUUUUUAAUUUGACAUAAAGGGAGAAUUUUUUUUAUUUUCCUCAUACUUUGUAGUAAAAACUAUACAAAAAAUAUAUAAGGAUUUUUUAAAGAGUUAUGUACACAAAUAUUGUAAGAGAAAAACUGCAUCAAACAAUAAUGUCCCUUUUUUAAUAUAAAUUUAUUCUUUUUGUGCUAUUAAGACUGAAAAUAAAGAGAAUAAAAUAGUAAAUAAAUAUUUAGAUUAAACUAUUGCUGAUUAUAAUCUGUUAAACUGCUUAGAGUAUUAAUUAUAAGAUUAAAUAUUCAAUAUUUGGUAUCAAAUACCAAAAAUUGAAAAUAAUUUAAAUAGACUAAUGUAUGAGAGAUUAACAAAUAAAUGUUUUGCAAAAGUUCUGACUGAUCAAAAUAAAGAAGAAUUGCACAUUCAUUUAUUAACAGGUAUUCAUGCACUAAAUAUUGCUUAUUAUUAUGAUGUAUCUUUAAAUUUUAUAUAAAGUCUCAUUAAAGCAAGAAGGAUAUUAGAAUAAAGGCAUAGAAUACAUUAUAAUGAAGUUGCUUAAUUAAACCCUUUUUUGACUUAAAAACAACUUUAAGGUUAUGAGAGCUAUAUUUAUUAUUUAUUACAUAAUCAAAUUUGUAUGUCAAUGAAAAAUAUCACCAGAUAUUUAGAAUAUCAUACAUUACUAUCUUCUAUUAGUUUUUCAGAAUAAAUAUAUCGAGAUUUAACAUUCUGUACAUUAAUUUAUAUUAUUUGCAAAAGAUCUCAUCAAGAAUUUACAAAGUAAUUAGAUAAAUUGGAAAAGGAUGCAAAGGAAACAAAGGAAGCAAACUGGUAUCAAGAUUAAUCGUCAUUAUAAUUAGAAUAAUAAAUAAUACUUGAAAUUACAGAAUUUAGAAACUUUAGAGAUUUUAAGAAAUAAAAUAUGAACUUAAUUUUACCACAAAAGGCUAUUACAUUCUUAAAAACGCUUGAGUGCUAAAAGGUGUAGAUAGAUGAAUAAUUUGAUGACUCAUCUGUUCAGAAAUUCCUAAAUUUAUUAAUAGAAUUAUUUAAAACUGGAGAUGAAAAACCUUUAUUUUUAUUAGCUUCAAUAGUAUUUAAUGUAGAAUAAAUUAAUAUUGAAAUUCGAAUGGCUUUGGAAGCUGCGUUAAUAGAAUAAAUUUCAGAAAAACGAAGAGAAAUUAUUGAGGAUAUUCUAGAAAUAGCAAGUGAAGAUUUUGAAAAGAGACACAAUUAUUUGUAAUAGAUGAUUAAUAAAAAAUAAAAUAUUUUUUCAAGAUUUAGAAAUAUAGAGAUCAAUUAUUCAAAUAUAUCAAUGAAAAAUUUUAAUAAUUUUUAUGAAAACGCACUCAAAGAUAAAUUACGAACAGGGUAGAUUAAUAAAGAUAUUAAUUAUGAGCUUUUUUAAUAAGAGAAAAAGAAAUUCAAAAGUUUGUAUGUUGGAAUGAGGUUUACUACUUAUAGACCACUUAUUAAAAAUGGAAUAAGUUUUAAUGAUUCUUUAUUGGUAGCAGGAGGAUCCUCAAAAAUUUAUGAUUCAGUAAAUAUUUUAAGAAGGUAUUAAUUAUAGAUAAUCAUAGUAAAUUAAUUGAAAUUUUGUUUACAAAAUAAUUAUAGAAACCUGUAAAUUUUAAUUCAAUUAGGGAACAAUUAAGCAAACUUGCAAAAUUAGAAGCAGAAUUAGAUCAAGAAUUUGUUGGAACAUAGUUCUCUAGAAGUGGAUUUAGAAUAUAGAGUGGAUAAUUUGAAUAUGAUCUAGAAGAAUUUGAUGAUAAAAUAGAUAAUUGGAUUUAAGAGAAUAGCUAACUAUCUAAUAAAUUCGAAACUAUUGAAACUCAAAUAAACAAGAAUGUUCAAAAAUAAACAGUUGCUAUGUGUUUAAUUUAACAGCGUUGUUAUUAGAAACAUUGA